CGUUCCUCUGUGGUUCUGGUUCAGUCUGUCCUCGGUCUGACUCCAUAAUGUAGAGCAGCUGGCUAACGGCAGCGGAGGGAAGACGAACCGACACCGAGGCCCUGCUGACCCACAGCUCGGUGCUGCUGUCGGACAAAGUUCUGGUUGGGGGAUGAGGGCUUGCUUCUCUCGUCGGCUCCGUGGCCAGCGGACCGAGGAGGCUCGCUAGAUGCGGCUCUGUCCGCCGCUGGGACCAUGCCGGGCCAAGCCACGUCCCGGCGGCUGACGGCGGCUCUGCUGGCCGCGCUGUGGCUCGGUUCGGCCCGCUGCGGCGCCUCCGAGCCUCCGGGACCCGGAUGCGACAGUGGGAAGGUGUCUCUGGACGUGGACCUGGACUUGGGUUCGGUCCAGUGUGGAGCAGCGACCCGGUCCGAGCCCACUCAGACCGGACCCGGCCUGGACACCGUCUACGAUCCUGAGCCCGCCAGGCAGGUCUGUAUGGACGCUCCGAUCGCCUACAACCACAGCAUUCCCAACAGUGGAGCCUUCAGACCGGUCGGAGCAGAGAGUGGAGAGUACCUGUACUGUCCCCCCCAGCGCUGGCUCAACAACCUGCAUCAUGGAGCUACUGUUCUGCUCUACCAUCCGUGUGCAGCGCUCCGCCAGCGCCGCCGUCUGUCGGUCCUGGCCCGGUCCUGCCUGCCCGACUACAUCCUCACCGCCCAUCCACAGCUCAGUGAGCACAUGCCCAUAGCGAUGGUGUCCUGGGGCCGCACGCUGCAGCUGUCCACCGUGGCCUCCACCGACGUCUGUGAUUGGCUGGAAACCACACAGACCACCAGAGAGGAGUCUGACGCUGUGAGCACGAGCAGGAGGUACAACCUGCUGUUGACGUGGUCGGCAGGGCGGCGGCUGCAGGAGCAGUCCAGGAAGAUGAAGGAGUCUCUGAGGCGGUGCUGUGAGCAGGUCCUCUCUGCUCUGCUCAGACAUCCACAGCUGUUUAAAGAGGGAGGCCCACGCCGGCAGGUAAGAGCUGCGCUCCAGAAUGACAGCGAUGGACAGAACACAACAACAGUCUCCCAUCUUUUGCAUAACCGGACCAACAGAAACAUCCCCCACAGGACAGGGCAUGUCCACAACUCCAGCACCACGCCUGGACCAGCACCAGACUCUCUCUCAGAUCUUUCUGUUGCAGAGGAAGAUCCUCAGUCUGCAAUCCAGAACCUGAACCUGGGCCCUGCUCCCAGGCCCACAGCUCCUCCGAGGUCAGUUCUAUCUGAAACUCGGUCUCAGAGAGGCCAGCCAGCACCGCGGCCAGCACCGCGGCCAGCACCGCAGACAGCAACGCUCCGGCCCCGUCCGGAACCAUCCGACCUCAGGAACCCAGACCUCUCUGCUGCGAGGGAUGUGCUUGCAGACAGUGUGAACAGUGCACAGAACCGUAGUGCCGGGCCUGAAGCUGAGACUCUCAGAUCCAAUGACUCAAUCAAACACAAAGAUAAAGACUUUGAUGCGCAGAGCAUGAAAGAGAAGGACUCCAAGGAGAGAACGACUGAUGACAACCCAGCAGCUGGCAGGACAGACAACGAUGAAGUGGUGGAGGUAAAAGAGAGAGAGGUGGAGCACAGCGCCACACACUCUCACGCUGGCUCUGAUUCUGCAGCUAGAUCCCCGUCAGAGUCUCAGCCGGCCGGCGACGGCCAGCGCAGGAGCUCCGACUGUGGCGGCUGCAGAGCGGGCGAACGGUGCGACUGCGACCCGGCGUCUGGACCGGAGGCCCCGGCUGCUGUGGUCAACAACGGGCUGCCGAGGACGCCCCGGACCGACGAGGCGGUGUGGGCAGCAGCAGCGCUGGGCUUCCUGCUGGUUCUGCUCACUCUGUCGGUGCUUCACACUCGCCUGUACCGCCACUGGAGAACCACGCCCAGUCUGUACUGGCACGACCCCCGGCAGGACUACGACAGCGUGGCAGAUGUGAUCCGCAGGAGGUUGCGAAUUGCAAAGAGAAGGCGGAAAAGGGGCAGAAGGCAGGAGUGUGUCCUGCUGCCGAGCUCCUCCAGCUCCGAUGAACAUCCUUAGAACCAAGACGAACAUCCCAGAGGAGAACAAGGAUGAGCUCAAGUCGUGUGCAGGUGUAGGAGGCCACGACCGGACCGGAGCGGGACAGGACCAGAGCUGGACCCAGAAACCUCUUUUACAACCCUACAGGUGUUCUUCUGUCAGGGUUUGGUACCACAUGGUGUCGCAGCUGAAGGCUCGGUCAGCUGCUACAUGCUUUUACACAACUUGCGGAGGACUUCUUUCUUCGGAUGCAUUUCAUUUAGAGCUGGACGCUGUUCAACAGGAAGUGUUUUGUGACCUUCCAGACUGAGAUCAGAGCAGCCGAGACGAACGCUUUACAUUUAGUUUUAUGGGUGGUUUUAUAGUAAUGAGCUGCUUUUAUGUGUAAAGGUUCAGAUGUGAACAUGUUGCUGUUCUAAGCAACGCAUUGUGUGGUUCUGGAGACACCAACAUGCUGCAUUCUACAGAUGACAUUCAAGAGCAGACUUUUGCUAAGAGUUCAUUCAAAACGUCUUUACAGUUGAUUAAAUUUAAGGCAACUAGAAACUUCAUCAUGACUCAGAUCACCGCCGUGGUCCUGGAUGAUUGUAGCUGAUAGCAGUAAUCAUGUCUGGGACUCACUGAGGGAAUGUAAAACACUUAAAAUCAGACCAUAACCUUCUCACAUUAACAUUCUGAUAGACAGAUGUGUUGUUUUAGAGACCUGCGGCUCACUGAGCAGCUCUUUUUGUGGUGAUUGGUGCUGUUUGACUGCUGAAACCGUGUUCUCAUACCGGUCCAAGCUGCCAUGCUGGAGGGAGCAGUGAAAAGCUCAGAGCGUUGCAGAUACGUUCCCUAAAUUACCUCACGCUGAGCCUCAACAUUUCUGCAAUUCCAUGUUUUAUCACUCGACAAACCACGAUGAGAGGAUUUAUUCAUCUCAGAAAUGAGCGCAUCAGAAGCACGGUGCUGAUGGUUUGAAGCGUGAUGCGGUUCGUUGGAUUUGAAAAGAACCGAAGAGGUCACACUGUUCAGAUAGAAGAUAACGUAAAUGAGGAGAAACGGAUGCAUCUCUACCAGCAGACUCAAGAGAAUGACUCAACUUAGAAGGUUUGAAAAUAUUCCCUCAUCAAUUUUAAAUAAAUGACUUUUUAGAAAAACAAUGAAA